GUUGUUAUGCGCUACGGUUGAAUUUCAGCUGAUUGUGGGUAGCAGUUGAUCGAUGCGACGGUAUUUCAAAAAAGCCCGAAUUCUCUUCAUCCUUUUAUUCUUCGUUAUUUUACUUGGAGUAUGUUGGGUGAUAGGUAAUGGUGAACAGUCUCUUGGAAAAUAUCGGGCUGAUAUUAUUAAUCUCUCCCGAAAGUAUGUCAAAGCUUUGGCUAAAACUCAGAAUAUGGGUCCUGACGAUGCUUACAGCUCAGAGUUGACAGGAUAUGACUUAAAGAAGACAUUGGCCGUUAUUCUAGACGAUAUGCUAGGUCGUAUUGAUCAGCUGGAAUUGAAACUUUCAAAUUUAACAAAUUCAUCUGAAGUAGUGUCUAAACAGUAUUCUAAAUCUAUAAACUCAGCAUCUAUUGUAACUCAUACUGCUCGAGGUUUGAAGAGCAAUGAUGAAAAAUCAAGCUACAAAAAAAUUAACUACUUAGAUCUUCUACAAGAUGCACAAGAAAACUGUGUUGUUCAAGCCAGUGAAUUACCACUGUAUCCGGAAUGUUUUUCAAAGAUUGAGUGGUUACGAACCCGUUGGGGAACUCAUUCAUGCUAUGUUGAAUUAGGAAUCGAUGGAUCAGAAUGUUCCUUUGUUCGAUAUCUUAGUGAGGUUGAAAGUUUUUGCCCAAAGUUGGAUAGCAGAAAAGUUUUGAAACAUCGUAGUGAAGCUCAGAUAACUCGUAAUCUUGAUGGCUUACUUGCCAUAAUUUCUUCAAUUAAAAAUCAUUUACCAUCAAAAUCAUUUAUACAUGCACGAUUAAAACGUAUGUGGCCUGAUUGGUUAACUGGUAUUCAACAUUAUAUAAAUGGUGUAAAUUUCCUACAAACUAAUGCAUUGAAUGAUUGUAAAUUGUGUUUGCCUAAUAAUAGUAACAAUAAUAAUAAUAAUAAUAAUACAACUUGUAUGGAACUUUGUCAAUCAUCUACCAGACGAAUAGGUCAACCAUUUUUAUUUAAAAGACCAAAACUCAAUAUUCUACUUCAUAUGGGAUUGUUAUCGAAUGAUUUUCGUAGGAAUUUUUUCGAAUCAUAUAUUUCUAAAGGUGGUCCUCUUGGUGAACUUGUUCAAUGGACUGAUCUUAUUGGUGCCCUCUACAUACUUGGACAUAACUUAACAAUUACUUUUGAAGCUAUCGAAGCAAAAUUAAAACUUCUGCAUCCUUACUCAUCUUCCGUACCAUGUCAGGUAGAAAGCAAUAAAUACGAUUUAAUCUACACAGAUGUUAUGGGAUUUAAAAAUUUGAAAAGCAUGAACGUUCGGAUUCCCUUAUGUAAAUUUCGUAUAUUGGAUACAUUUGGAACUGAAGCUCUUUAUAAUCGUAAAAAUGAACCUUGGGGUGGAUUACAUUUGAAUUUACAGCAAUUUAAUACAUUUUUCCCUCAUUCACCUGACAAUACAUUUUUGGGUUUUGUUGCUGAAUUACUUCCGUCUAACAAUAAAUCCUUCAAUCAGACAUCAUCUAAACCUAUUGCUCUUGUCUAUGGAAAAGAGGCUUAUAUGUGGGAUAAUAAAACAAACUACUUGAGAAUUUUGUCGGAUUACUUUGAAUUACAUGGAAAUGUGUUGGAUAAAAUUGAUAAAUUACCGAAAUUUGUUCACAUACAUCAAUUACAAUAUGGUCAACCAUAUUUAGAGUUAUUGUCGAAAGCUCAAGUUAUGAUUGGAUUGGGAUUUCCUUAUGAAGGUCCUGCACCUUUAGAAGCCAUUGCUAAUGGUUUAAUUUUUCUCAAUCCUCGUUUUAAUCCACCUCACAGUCGAAUUAGUCAAACAUUUUUUACUGAUAAACCAACUUCACGAGCUCUUACCAGCCAACAUCCAUAUAUUGAAAACCAUAUCAGUGAACCUUAUUCCUAUUUGAUUGAUAUGGACAAUGAGGCACAGAUACGUCAAACUGUUCAACGUAUUCUGACAACCAUUAAAAAAGGAUCCUAUCGUCCUCACGAAUAUAGUCCAUGGGGUUUUUUCGAACGUCUCAACGCUUACUUAACACGUCAAAAUAUUUGCUCAACACCUUUUUACAACAAAUUGAUCCAAUCUCCUUUGCCGGUGCCAGUGUCUGAUGGGUCUGAAAAAUUUAACUACAUGGAUUCCCCUAACACCUCCGUUUCAUGGCCUCCAGCUUCAAGUUUAAGGAUAGUUUUGGGAUCUUCCGGUAAAUCUUGUUCUGAAGUGUGUAUGAAUCUGAAAACCUCGGAAAACACUUCUGUACAACACCCUAAUAUUUCUGCUCAUUCCAUUCAUGACAUAACGCAACAUCCCCAAAUACAGAAUGGAUACCUUUACUAUCGUUCUAUACAUGCUACCCCUCCGCAAAACUUGUCUCAUCUUUACACAUUUCGCUGUUCUCCAGAACACUUUCCAAGUAUUAAUAACCGACUAAACCUUCAACAUUUUGGUAUUUCUUGUCCUAAUAUUACCUAUACAACUAGUCCGAUGGCACCGUAUUGGGACGAUGCAAGCAGUUCAUGUGUUUUUCAAGCUAGUCAUGAAUGGUUUGAUUGUACUGCUUCAGGAACUAUGAACGAAUCUCAUGUAUUUUCUCGUUUUUGUCCUUGUCGUGACGCUCUUCCUAACCAGAUUUCUUUAUGUUCUAACUGUUUGUGAUGAAAUAUUUUAUUCCCUAAUAAUCACAUAUGUAGAACAUAUACUCUACUAUCUUUCCAUCCGGUUUUAUCUAGAUAACUUGUCUACACUUUGAAGCACUGUAUAUUUGCUUUUGAUUUUUUGUAGAAAAGUAUUUUCGCCAUUUAAGUAUUCAAGAUUGAUCAUGAUAUUUAUUUAUCUAUUACUGCAUUUUAAUUUGUAUUUACUUCGUAUGAAUUCUAGUCAGUAAAAUGUGUCUUUUAAAAUUUUUAUUCUUUAAGAUUGUAUCGUAUUACAGUUUAAAUUGGGAUCUUUUUCUAUAACUUCGAUUCUGUAUAUGUUUGUGUAUCCUAUUUUCGAAUCUUUAAACGGCA